AAAAAAUAAAAAAAAAUAAAAAAAAAGAAGCAAAAAAAAUCGACGCGUCUGGAAAAAAACAAUCUGUGCGGCCCCCAGUAUGAUUUUUUUUUAUAUAUGUAUGAAGUCGCGCUAUUUUUGGCAUUUCGCGUUUGCUGAGAUUGGAAAUAUUGGAAAUGUUGAGUGAAAGUGAUGAUCAUGCUUUCUUUUUUUCCCUCCAACGAAAAAAUACACAACUAAACCUCGUUCAACCCGAUCUUCACUGCCAAAAAAGAGAGAGAACUAUGAGUGUUGCUGUCAACAGUCCGGUUCCUGCCGAAGAUCAAGCAAGACUUCUCGACGAAGUUCUCAACGUCGUCAAAAUUCAGGGCCACCAAAUGCGCAAAUGCCUUGAUAACGGCAAACUCAUGGACGGUCUGAAGCAUUGCUCCAAUAUGCUUGCAGAAUUACGUACAUCCGCACUGACGCCUAAGAAUUACUAUGAAUUAUAUAUGGCGAUUUUUGAUGUGCUGAGACACUUGACUGUCUAUCUGACCGAGGCCCAUCAUGCCGGCAAACAUCAUUUGGCGGACCUGUAUGAACUGGUACAAUACGCAGGCAAUAUUGUGCCGCGUCUCUAUCUGAUGAUCACCGUCGGCUCCGUCUAUAUGGGCAUGCCCGACGCCCCCGUAAGGGAAGUCAUGCGCGAUAUGAUUGAAAUGGCCCGAGGUGUGCAACAUCCUACGCGCGGUCUCUUUUUGAGAAACUAUCUCAGUGGCAUGACCCGCGAUCACUUACCUACCGGUGAAAGUUCAGGCCCUGAAGGAAACGUUCAUGAAUCGAUUCAUUUCAUCCUGACCAAUUUCACCGAGAUGAAUAAACUUUGGGUCCGUCUUCAACACCAAGGUCACUCUCGUGACCGUGAAAAACGAGAAGCCGAACGCAAAGAGUUGCGUAUUUUGGUCGGUACCAAUCUUGUCCGAUUAAGCCAGUUGGAAGGUGUCGAUCUACGCAUGUAUCAAUCCCUUAUUUUGCCGGGCAUUCUCGAUCAAGUAGUGAGCUGCCGUGAUGUCAUAGCACAGGAAUACCUGAUGGAAGUGAUCAUUCAGGUCUUCCCCGAUGAAUUCCAUUUGCGCACUCUUCAACCGUACCUUUCGGCGAUUGCUGAACUGCACCCAAAAGUGAACGUCAAACAAAUCAUUAUUGCCCUGAUUGAUCGUCUCGCCGCUUAUGCUAGCCGCGAAGCCGACACUGAACCUGAAUCUGCGCAAAAGGACGAAAUACCUUCCAAGAAGGACGAUGCAGCUAUCGCUGAAAAGAAAAAGAAACUUCAACAACAACUGCAAGGCACGGAUGAAAAGGAGUCUUCGGAUUCACAAGAGUCCCAACCUGUAGCGGAUAAAAACAAUGAAUCACAUGAACAAGGAGAUGGCCAAGUCAUUGAAGAAGUCAAUGAAACUGCCAUUUCCGAAAACAAGGAUGACAACCAUCAAGAACCGGAGAAGGAUCAACAAGAUCAAGUGGAGGAUAUUCAAACAGAAGAUCAAGAAGAGAAAGAGGACAAGGUCAACGAGAAAACACAUGCUGGUCCUGCUCACGGUAUUCCCGACGAUGUGGAAUUAUUUGCCGUCUUCUGGGCUCAGAUCAUUGAGCUUGUCAAGGCACGACCGGAUCUUUCCAUUCAGGAUCUUACGGCUUUGCUUGUAUCAUUGACAAAUCUCUCUCUCUCGUGCUAUCCCAAGAGAUUGGACUACGUGGAUCAGAUUCUUAUUUAUACCAAGGACAAGAUGCUGGAAUUGUCGGAUUCGCCUGAUCUGCAUUCCAAGACCACGCAAGCCAAUCUGCUCAACUUGCUCUUAGUCCCCAUCCAUCAGUACCCUUCCAUUUUGACCCUUCUAUCCCUCACCAACUACCAGCCAUUGCUCGCUUUACAAGCUUACAACACUCGUCGCGCUGUAGCUCACGCUGUGGUGGCCAGCAUUCUGAAAAAUCAGACCGUUAUCAGUACGCCUGAAGACGUUCACGGGGUUUUGGAACUGUGUGAUAUUUUGUUGAGAGAUCAAAAGGAUGCUCCAAUCGGUACCACGACCGCUGCGCCAAUGUAUGGCCAUAUGCGUGGCAGAAAAAUGGAAGUCUCGGUCGAGCAGGAAGACUUUGAAGAGGAACAAGGCUGGAUGGCCAAACUUGUCCACUUGUUUAUCUCCCAGGACGAAGAUACCCAGUUCCUGUUACUAUCGACGGCCAAAAAACAAUUCAGCGAAGGCGGUAACAGAAUCAAAUAUACCUUCCCACCCCUGGUUUUCUCGGCCAUCAAGUUGGCUCGUCGAUAUAAGAUACAAGAGAAUCAUGACGAAAUAUGGGAGAAAAAGACAUCAACUCUUUUCCGAUUUAUUCAUCAAGUGAUCGCCACUCUGUAUGAAAAAUGUGAAGUCGCUGACAUGUGUCUUCGUCUAUUCUUGCUGGCCGGUCAAAGCGCAGACGAAAGCAACUUUGAAGAUUUUGCCUAUGAAUUCUUUGUGCAGGCAUUCAGUAUUUAUGAGGAAUCCAUCUCCGAGUCACGAGCCCAAUUCCAGGCUAUCACAUGCAUUGUGGGCGCGCUUCAACAGAUCCGCGUCUUUUCGGCGGAAAAUUACGACACCUUGAUCACCAAAGCCGCAUUGCACAGUGCCAAACUUCUGAAAAAGCCAGAUCAGUGUCGUGCCGUCUAUUUGUGCUCGCAUUUAUGGUGGAUUAUCGAAUCUGACAUUGAAAACGACCCGGACAGCGAAAAACCAUUGUAUCAAAAUGGCAAACGCGCUCUCGAAUGUCUACAAAAAGCUCUCAAGAUCGCAGACAGCUGCAUGGAUACGGUCACCAAUGUCGAACUCUUUGUGGAAAUCCUCAAUCGAUAUGUGUACUACUUUGAAAAGGGCAAUGAUGCAGUCACGGCCAAGUACCUGAACGGACUCAUUGAUCUUAUUAACACCAAUCUGGGUGAUAUGGAUAAUCCCGAUCAGCAUCCUCCCACCUCCAACUCAUCCUCAUUAGUUGAACGCGAUGGCCCUAUUUCCAAAUAUGUCCUUCGUCACUUCCAUGCUACCAUCCAACAUUUGAAACAACGAAAAGAAGCAUCCGAAGCAGAUGAUUGGAACGGACCACCCUACGGUGAAGUAGAAAUUUCGGAAAGCUUGCAAUAAUAAACUUCACACAAGGUGCCAUGUUGACCGGCGCACUUUGUAUUUGUAUAUCAAACACCCAUUCUCUCUUGUGUGCAAUAGCUUUUCAUUUUUGAUGCCACAUAUGGUGGAUUAUGCG